AUGACCCCUGAACCUCAGGUUAAGACUGCCAUUGACACAUACUUUCAUGUGGUUGCUGCGAGCAAAUCUGAGAUUGAUGGCUAUUUACCGCGCGCCAGGAUUGAUGCGCAGCUUAAAGUCAUGAAUGAAGCCUACAAGAAGCAUGAUUUCUCAUUCAAUCUCAAGGGUGUAAAGUGGACAAUAAACUCGAUGUGGGCCGACAACAGAGACAGUACUCGAGAGCGUGAGAUGAAAAAGAACCUCCGGCAGGGAACAUACCAAACACUGAAUAUUUACUUUGUAAAGAAGCUUGAAAACAAGGGUGAUCUGGGUGAUUGUUAUUUUCCUGAGAAAGUCACCCCGGCACAACUGAUCAAGGAUGGCUGUCGCAUUGUGUCUUCUGCGGUUUCUGGAGACACUGGAGCUGUUAAAUCGAGCGCUGAUUUUGCUUUAGGAUUGUUUCAUACAUUUGAAAAUGGCUGUACAAGCCCGGGAGACGAGAUUGAAGACACUUCAUACCAAAAGGAGCCAACGCAGGGCUGUCCAAGUAGUCCGCCGCCGAGCAAGUGUCCACAAGGUGGAAAUGAUCCAAUCCAUAAUUAUAUGGAUUAUUCUCACGAGUAA